CUCAACACACCGGGGUUGUUUCUACGUUCAACUGGCGUGCUGUCAUUGAGGGAAGUCCAGAUGAUGUACAAUAAUGGCGAUUUUGUGGAUCUCUACGACUUUGAUGAUCCGCAUUUGGCUGCAAUGCUGCUGAAAACGUUUCUGCACGAGCUUGCUGAGCCUCUCCUCACCUACGAACUGUUCGACGACAUUGUCCACAUCAGCAGUAAGUUCAAUUAG